CAUGGCCGAGACGGAGCCCGGCGAAUGGAGGGCGGCAGGCACCGGGCCGGGCACCGGGACGGGCACCGAGGGCAUCACCGAAUACAUCACCGAGCUGGGCACCGAGUGCAUCACCGAGCGCAUCACCGGGACGGGCACCGAGGGUAUUACCGAAUGCAUCACCGAACGGGGAGCCGAGUGCAUCGCGGAGCCGGGCAGCGGGCCGGGCACGGCGGGGUGGCCGCAGAGGCCUCGCUACUCGUUCGUGGCGCUGAUCACCAUGGCCAUCCGGGCCAGCCCCGGGCAGCGGCUGCCCCUGAGCGGCAUCUACGCCUACAUCGCGGAGCGCUUCCCCUUCUACCGCGGCGCCGGCCGCCAGUGGCAGAACAGCGUCCGCCACAACCUCAGCCUCAACCCCUGCUUCCGACGGCUGCCCUGCCGCCGCGGCCGCUCCGGAGAGUGGGCGCUGGACCCCGCUUUCCAGGACAUGUUCCCGGAGGGGAAUUACGGCCGCCGCCGCCGCCGCCGCCGCCCGUCCGCAUCGCCCGCGCCGCCCCCCGGCAUCGCACCGCGCCCCGGGGUGGGCUCGGUACCCGGGGUGGGCUCGGUACCCGGGGUGGGCUCGGUACCCGGGGUGGGCACGGUACCCGGGGUGGGCUCGGUACCCGGGGUGGGCUCGGUACCCGGGGUGGGCACGGUACCCGGGAUGGGCUCGGUACCCGGGAUGGGCUCGGUACCCGGGGUGGGCUCGGUACCCGGGGUGGGCACGGUACCCGGGGUGGGCUCGGUACCCGGGGUGGGCUCGCCCCUCGAGAUGAGCUCAUCCCCCGGGAUGGCCUCGUCCCCCAGGAUGGCCUCACCCCCCGGGAUGGGCUCGGUACCCGGGGUGGCAUCGCUCCCCGGGCUGGCAUCUCUCCCCGGGAUGGGCUCGUCCCCCGGGAUGGUCUCGCUCCUCGGGGUGGCCUCAUCCCCCGGAGUGGCCUUGUCCCCCGGGAUCCCCCCGGGCCCCGCCGCUCCCUGGCUCCCGCCGCCCCCCGGGAUGCUCGCCGAGCCCCCGCAGCUCCCCGAGCUCCGCCCGGGCCCCGCCGCUCCGUGGCCGCCGGGGCCCUGGGCAGCGCUGGUGCUGCCCCGCCGCUGCCCGGGGCCGCCGCCGCCGCUGCCGGCCUGGGCGCCGGUGACCGGAGACCGCGGGGCCCGGCUGUCGCCCGCCUUCCGCUGA